AUGGAGAAAUUCAUAGAAAGCCUGGCUGAGCUCUUCGAAGCUUUCCCGUCCGCAACCGUGACGAUAACAUACUCCAAUAAAAAUAAAAAGAAGAGCCUGGACAAUGAAGCGCCAGCCAACAGUGUGAAGUUCAAGUGCACUGAGCCCAAACUGGGGAAAACCAUCCAAUAUUCAACCAGAAAGGCCAAGGAAUUGUCAAGACUUUUGACGUAUUUUGGUCCUCGUGGCGUGAGUAAGAAGAGAAAAGCAGACAGUGAAGCUGAAGAUGCUCAGACGUCGAAGAAGAUCAAGUCUGAGGUUACUGGUGUGGCGAGCGUCAUGAGUAACUCGAAAUUCGAGGAACCACAAAUAGAACCUGAAACUCAGCCCGUUGAGCUGACACCUGCUCCAGAGGAGACUAAGGAGAAGACGCCACAACCUCUGUCCAAGAGUAAGAAAAAGAAGAAGGGUAAGAAGAAGUAA